AUGGCUGCCCCCGCUCAGAAGUUCAAGGUCGCCGACCUCUCUCUGGCCGCUUUCGGUCGCCGUGAGAUCGAAAUCGCUGAGAUUGAGAUGCCUGGUCUCAUGGCCAUCCGCAAGAGAUACGCCGCUGACCAGCCCCUCAAGGGCGCCCGCAUUGCCGGUUGUCUGCACAUGACCAUCCAGACUGCCGUCCUCAUCGAGACCCUCGUCGCUCUUGGUGCUGAGGUCACCUGGACCAGCUGCAACAUUUUCUCCACCCAGGACCACGCCGCUGCCGCCAUUGCCGCCGCCGGUGUCCCUGUUUUUGCCUGGAAGGGUGAGACCGAGGAGGAGUACAACUGGUGCUUGGAGCAGCAGCUCGUCUCCUUCAAGGAUGGCCAGAAGCUCAACCUCAUCCUUGACGACGGUGGUGACCUCACCUCCCUCGUCCACACCAAGUACCCCGAGAUGCUCCAGGGCUGCUACGGUCUGUCUGAGGAGACCACCACUGGUGUCCACCACCUCUACAAGAUGAUGAAGGAGGGCAAGCUGCUUGUUCCCGCCAUCAACGUCAACGAUUCCGUCACCAAGUCCAAGUUUGACAACCUGUACGGUUGCCGCGAGUCGCUCAUUGGCAAGGUCGCUGUCGUCGCUGGUUAUGGAGAUGUUGGCAAGGGUUGUGCGCAGGCUCUCCACAGCAUGGGUGCGCGGGUUCUGGUGACCGAAAUCGACCCCAUCAACGCCCUCCAGGCCGCCGUUCAGGGUUACGAGGUCACUACUAUGGAGGAGGCUGCUCCUCUGGGUCAGAUCUUCGUCACCACCACUGGUUGCCGUGAUAUCCUCGUCGGCAAGCACUUCGAAGUGAUGCGCAACGACGCCAUUGUUUGCAACAUCGGCCACUUCGAUAUUGAGAUUGACGUUGCCUGGCUCAAGGCCAAUGCCAAGUCUGUCCAGAACAUCAAGCCUCAGGUUGACCGUUAUACUAUGGCCAACGGACGCCAUAUCAUUCUGCUGGCUGAGGGACGUCUGGUCAACCUUGGCUGUGCCACCGGUCACUCCUCUUUCGUCAUGUCCUGCUCUUUCUCCAACCAGGUGCUCGCUCAGAUCGCCCUCUUCAAGGCCGAGGACGCCGCUUUCGGCCAGAAGUACGUCGAGUUCGGUGCCACCGGCAAGAAGCCCGUUGGCGUCUAUGUCCUUCCCAAGGUCCUGGAUGAGCAGGUUGCUCUGCUCCACCUCGAGCACGUCAACGCCAAGCUGUCCAAGCUUACCCCCGUCCAGGCCGAGUACCUUGGUCUCGGUGCGAACGGUCCUUACAAGGCCGAGCACUACCGCUACUAA